AUGAUGUUCUUUAAAAGAAGGUAAGAACUUGAAUAAAAAUUGAUUCAAGCUGAAAAUGAAAAUAAGUAAUAAAAAUAUAUUAAAGAAAAAUAAGAAGAUAAAAACUAUUAAUAUCAACUAACUAUUGAUGAAAAAUUAGAGAAAAUAAAAAAUUUGGAAUAUGAAAUUAAGUAAUUAAUAUUAAUAAUUUUUUUUUAGAAAAAAAACAUAGGAUAUCAAUGAUCAGAAGUAUAUGAUACAAAAAAAAGAAGAGUAACUAAAAUAAAAAGAGGAUUAAAUAAUUGAUCUAAAUUAAAAUUUAAAAGUUCUGCAAAUAACUAUAAAAAAAAAUAAUGAAAUCUUCUAGUAAACAAUAUAAGAGGUCAAGUAGAUGAGUUCUAAGGCAAUAAUCAAAUUAGAAAUAGAAAAAGGAUGGAAAGUUUUCAAAAAUGCUGAUGGGAAAUUAAAAGAGAUCGUAAAAAAAGAACAAGAUAUAAAAGAAAACACUUUAUAAAUUAAUUAAGAAGUUGAUGAAUUGCUAAUACUAAUUAAAAAUAACUCUAAUGAUUAAAUGUAAGAAGAAAAAAGAUAAUCAAUAAUGAAAAAAUUCCAAGAUGUAAAAAACACGAUAAAAUCUGUUAGAGAGAGAUUAGAAGAGAUAAUUAAAAAAUAAAGCAAAGCAUGGGGUUCAGCAAGAAUAGCUGAUACAGAGCAAAUGUAAAGCGUAAAAUUAAAUUUGGAAGCAAUGAUAUCUUAUUCAAAACUUUUUGAUCAUUUAUUUUAGGUAGUCACCUAUCUAGUAGAAUAGUCUAUUGAAUAUUAAUAAUAAGACAGUGAAGUUAUAAAAUAAUAAAGCAGUAUAGCUUUAAAAAUAACGAAUAAUAGAAAUCUCACCAAUAAUUAUUCAAUUGUAGUCAAUAAUAUAGAUUCACAAAAUGAUCGUUAAUUACUUUAUGCGAAUAUUGCUACCUAAUCCUUUGAUACAAGUAAAUAUUGUCAAAUUAUUUAAAGUCUCAAUGAAAGAUAACAACUCAUAAACAGAUAAUGAAAUUCCUUUGAAUUAAGAAGAUAUAUUCGUGAAUUCUGUAACCUAAAGUCCGACGAAAAAUCCAUAUAGGUAAAAAUGGCGAAACUUUUCAUAAUUAACAUCAAAAUUUAAAACGGAAUAAGCCAAUUGA